AUGAUGGAUCCAGCAGGAGGUCAACCUGCUGCCAAUCCUGCAGCGGAGCAACCCUCUGACGGCGCAUCGACCUCGGGCUGGAGAAGUUUCGAAGAAGGUGUUUUGUUACAAUCUAUGCCAUCUUCAAACGAAUCCAGCGAAGCGAGCGUGAAUCAGCAGCCAGUGAUUCCCGAACUGGAGCCUCCGCUUCUCGAUGACAACAGCCGGCGGGAAGAGCUCGCUGCUCGAUUGAGGGCGAACUGGUGGGGCGUAGCUUAUAACGAGCGAAUCCUCGACUCCUUCGUCCAGAGUCAACUUUCAAUCGAAAGACACGUAGAGGCCGCACUUGUGGCGGACGGGUAUUCCCCUCAAGUUGUCUUUGAAAGAAGACAUACGAUUCGGGGAUUUCUUUUCUAUCCGGAGGGGCAUGCGCUGCAGGGGGGCACUUACGCGGGUUAUCUGAGCCAAAUUGCAAAUUUUGGUACAAGGCAAAGCGUUCCCUAUCAGCGAGUGAUCCGAUCCGUCCGGAACUCUCAUCUAUUUUUAGAUUAA